AUGUUGCUCUUUCUCAAUAAACCUCAGUCGCAUAAUGCUUUGUCAAGACUGCAGUCGAAACCCUCGUCGUGUCUCCUAAAGUUCAGACUACUGGCGUCCUCAAAGACAAGUAAUCGGGAGCUUUCCAUGCCAACCUCGACAUUGGCCGCUUGGGUCCCUCGUGAGGGUAGAUUGAAGAAUAUUCAAAAAAGACUUUCUCAGAUCUACGAUUGCCAGUGUUUGAUAACCUUCACGAUGAUGUUUCAAACACUUUGGGUCGUUUGCAUAUUUGCAAGCUCUGCUGUGAAUCUGUCCUCACUGCCGACUUUCAAGGCGAGUUUUCGUCAACGAUCUUUGGGGUAA